AUGGCCAACGAUGAAUACAUGAAGGCCAGGAAGUUUGAGAGUGGGCUUCGCGGACCAAUUCAAGACCGGGUUAAUUUGCUCGAUAUGCCGACUUAUGUCGAAGUAUUGGACAAAGCCAUUCAGGCCGAAGCUAACCUGAAUCGAUACCAGAGCUCGGGAGAGAACCAGCGAAAAAGGCAUAACUAUGACAACCGCCGAGGACAGUUGGGCACCAAGAAAAAGACGAGCAUGGGCAGUACUAGUAAUCUAAGGCAGGAAGGUAAUGCUAAACUGACGUGUCCGGACUGUGGGAGGCAACAUUUCGGGAUCUGUCGCCGGACAUCCAGUGCUUGUUAUGAAUGUGGUGAGAUGGGCCAUUAUGUGAGAGAUUGCCCCAAGGCAAAGGCUGACAACAAUAAGAAAG